CUUCACUCGCGUCGUCACAAAUCCAAUCCGAAAAAUAUCCAUACUACUCCCUUCUCUCUCUCUCCCAGCUGAUCCACGGUAGGGACCCACCCCGUCCUCACAAACCUGACCCCGCCGGGAAAGCCAUGCUAUCCCCUCGCAUCAUCCGGCCCCAGCCGCGCCACGGCACGGCCUCCGCCGGCUCCUCCUCGUCGCGGCGCCACAUGGUGGACGCCGCCAACGCGCGCGGCGGCGUGCCCGAGUGGGAGGUCGGCCUCCCCUCGCCCGCCGAGCUGACGCCGGUCUCGCAGCCGCUCAUCCCGCCGGCGCUCGCCGCGGCCUUCGGGAUCGGCCCCGCGGACGCGUUCCUCCCAUCCCCCGUCGACGCCCGCUUCCUCCACGACUCCCCGACUUCCCACCUCUCCUCCUCCCGGUUCGACGACGACGACUACGACGACGAGGAGUUGGAGGGGGAGGGCGAGACCGAGGACGCCGCCGCCGCCGGGAAGAAGGCGCGGAUGGUGUGGACGCCCUCGCUGCACCACCGCUUCGUCGAGGCCGUCGAGCGCCUCGGCGACAAGGGCGCCGUGCCCAAGGCCAUCGUGCGCCUCAUGAACGUCGACGGCCUCACGCGCGAGAACGUCGCCAGCCACCUCCAGAAGUACCGCCUCUACCUCAAGCGCUCGCGCGCCCACGGCGGCGUCGCAACCGCCACGCAGCCGCCUCAGAUGCCGCCGCCGUCGCCGCCAUACUUCCCGCGCUUCGCCGCGCAACCGCCUCGGGACGGUUACUGUCCAUUUGUUUCGUACGAGAAGCUCGGGUGCGAUUAAGCACCCUGAAAGUCUGGUGAUUGGAACUGAAUAUUGUGAGGGGAGACUAAGAAACCGAUACUGUAUCAGUCAGGACGAACUUGAGGAAGAUAAGCUAUCUAUAAAUUUGAGCCGUACGUGGAAGAGUACAACUAGUAUCAGCUGUCUACAAGCUACAGUAGUCAAGGCGAAUGUGAGGAGCAAUUAAUUCUUUAGGAUCCGAAGGUGUGCUGCUGAUGAUGACUUUCGGUUCACGUAAGUACAAAUUACUUAUGGUGAGGUGGUUACAACUGUGUGGCAUUGUUGGCAUAUUUAUAUGAACAUGGCUCUCCUUUUUUCAGUCUCUAAUAUGUUCGAAUCACUUUUUUUUUUCAAUGGUGGCAAAAGCUUUGUUUCAUCCAUUAAUUAAGAAUAUGUUCGGUUAACUAGCAAAAAAAUGGAUGAAAUGAACCCUUCAAAAUUUGUAUGGACUGCUUUCCUACACUACAAUCUCAUAGGACACAAGCGCCUCAGGACACAUUAAACUGGAACGGUUACCGCACAUUUAUGCCCUACGAGUAGCUCGGAUGCUAUUAAGCAGUAAGUUCAAUGCUGUGCAAUUUUUUCCCAUUGGAGAUCAUAUCAAAUUUUGUUUCCCGUAGAGAAGGUGAGAACCACUCUACUGUAUAACAUUUUGAAAAUUUUCAACGCAAUCUCUCGUUCAGAAAAAGAGGAAAAAUGGAAUUCUCAAUACAUGUGCUGUGAAAAGGCAGCUGGCAGGAAACAUUCCAGGAAUAGGUACAAUUCAGUUUCAUACAACACCAAACCAACUGAAUCCAAAACAUAAAGCUGUUAGACUAUGCUUGUUGAUUAGUUUACACUUCUAAUAGUGCACGGGGAACCUGCAAAGAUGA